GCCGCACCGGCAACGCCUGUCUGGACGAACCGUCAUCCUUUCUUCCCUAGCUCGCCUUUGUACUCCGGGAAAACGACGCCAUGAGCUGGACGGGUUUCAAGAAGGGCAUCUCGCGCGCGGGCACUUCGCUCCUGCAGAAGACCGGCCAGAUAGAACGUACGGUCGAUCGCGAGUUCGCGGAUGAGGAGGCCAAGUACAAGACAUUUGAGAAGGAGUGUCAGACGUUGCAGAAGGCGGCCAAAGGCUACGCGGACGCGAUGAAAGCUAUGACCGCAACGCAAGGCCGCCUAGCAGAUACCAUCGACGUCUUCUACAGCGCCGCAGACAAGGCCUCGGAAGGAGCGAUGGCCGCACACGCCUACAAGCGUGCGGUAGAUGACUUGGAUACUGGGAUCGGUCGCGAGCUCGAGGCACCGUAUCGCACAACUGUCAUGGAACCCCUAGGCAAGAUGAACGCAAUCUUCCCCAUCGUGAACGAGCACAUCAACAAGCGGGCACACAAGCUUCUGGACUACGAUUCUGCGAGAAACAAGAUGAACAAACUCAUCGCGAAGCCGAGCGAUGACCCAGCAAAGCUUCCACGAGCACAACAAGAACACGAUGACGCGAAGGAGGUUUUCGACGUGCUCAACGAGCAGCUCAUCACGGAGCUCCCGCAGCUUCUGGAUCUCCGAAUCCCCUACUUCGACCCCAGCUUCGAGGCUAUGAUCAGGAUGCAGUGCAAGUUCGCCGAGGAGGGCUACGAGAAACUGGGUGGCGUGCAAAGAUAUUUCACGGACAGCGUGCGAGACGAUUACGCAGCGGGGCAGCUGGACGCGCAGGUCGAGAACGUCCUGCAAGAGAUGCGCGAGCUCACCAUCUGCGGCGCCAGCUGAGCGCAUUGUGUGGAGAAUGUAGCAUACAUCGUGUACCACAAUGUCUUACUAGGCCAUCUCACCUUCCCUUUGUCCGGCUGUCACUGCUUCGCCUCCGCCGUCAAUUCUUAGACGUCGAUUGCAUCAUCAUCGGAACCUCGUCAUUCAUGUGCUUUUGGAUG